ACACGUUAUAAAUUUUAUCCGUUUGCUUGAAGUGGAUUGUGUGGCGAACAAGGAACAAGGAACAAGUGUCGCACCGAACUAGGGCAGCACGCACCUAUCUAAGAGCAUCGCUUUAAAAUGGAGUGGUCAGGUGUAUUGGUGGCGGCAUUUGGAAUUGUUGCGUUGAUGCAUCCAACUUUUGCAAUGGGAACAACUUGUACGGCGAAUGGAAAUCAGUGUGCAGCACUAACGGGCGGAUAUUGUGAUUUAGAUGCUGCUAAUGGAGGACCAAAAUGUGCAUGUGCUGCCAUCAAUGAGGCUGCCACAGUCGCCACCACUUGUACACCUAUAUCUUGCCUUGCCGAUGCGAACGUGUGUUCUACUGCAGAUUCAAACUCAGAAUGUAUAAAAGACGUAUGUUCUUGUAAGGCUACGUUCGAGCUUACGGGGGCAGAUAAAUCGGCUGUCUGUCUUGCUAAGGUCAUUGGUUCAAGCUGUACAGAAGAGGGUGGAGAAUGUGCCGCUAUAGCUGGAGCAUUCUGUGUUACCGCUGGGAAGUCUCCUGUUUGUGCCUGUACAGAUACACAAGGGGCAAACCAGGAUGGAAGCCAGUGUACUACCAAGAACAACGCCGUUGUUACUGUUGCGUCAAUGGCUCUGUUGUUUAUUUGCUGUCUGCCCGUUACUCUGUCAAGUUUAGACUCCAUGAGUAGUUAUACAACAACCAAUUGAAAGUGUAAAAGAAGUUUACCAGGAACUUUUCUUCUUUUAAUUCUAUUAACGAACAGGAGCAAAUGGAAAAUCAGACAUGUUCUUUUUAUUCUUGAACAUUUCAUAAUAGUUCACAAAAUGUGACGAUAAAAGGUAUAAUAUCUAAAGGUAAAACGUCGAAAAUAGUCGGAAAUAUGCCCAACAUAUUUGAAAAGUGUGACCAUGUUCUAAAACUAUAUGAUUAAAAGGAUAUUUGCUUCUUGCCGUGCACUGAAUCCUCAUAUCUUUCUGUUAUUUGGAAUUUGAUUUAGGCAUAACUAGUGUAAUUACCAUUCUAAUGUCUGGUAGCCUCAUGUUUUCACAAAGAAUUACGAAAGAAAUAUACACCAAAAGUAAUCGAAGCAAAAUCAGCUUUCUAUAUUAAAUGUUUGAAUAUUUUAUAUCUAUUUUCUUCAUUUACAAACAAACCCUUUUCAAGUAAUACAACUAUUAUAUGAGUUUUCCAGGCAUCACUAGUUAACAACACGGUCAAUAAUUCGAUUCUAGUAAAAGCAUAACUCAAUGAUGAAUGGAAUAUCCUGAUAGUAUGAUUUGAUUUCAAUUUCAGUUUACUUUGUAUAAGAGACAAACUAUAGUUACUACUAUUAUUGAGGAUAUAGUUAUGGUGCAGUUUAGUUUUAGGGACAUGGUAUGAGUGAAUAUGUGUACGGUAAUUGAGCCGGAUAUAGUUUCAGUAGAUAUAUUUCAGACAUAGCACAGAAGAAGCCAAUGUGUGAAUAUGAAAUAUUUGUUAUGGAAUACAACAAGGAAUGGCGUACAAAUUCAACGCAAUUUACAUAACGUUAAUUGCUCGAUUAUGACUUUGGCUU